CGGGAAAUUUCGGAAGGGUGUCGAACGGACUCCACCCGAACCACAACCAACAUACUCUACGACUUAAGAACGAGUCUAUUAAUUAGAUAGUGUGUCUUACAUUACUUAUGAAUGUAGGAACACUAAAGAUAAACGGGAGAGACACAAUGAUCCUUAUUGAUACCGGGGUGCAACGAUCAUUUGUGAGUGAGGCGUUCGCCAGCGGAUUCAACAGAUCACUUGUACCGAUGGCUCAAACCCUAUUGGUAUCCACGCCUCUAGGGGAUGAUAUCGAAACAGAGAGCCAUUAUCCAUCGUGUGAGGUGGAGGUGGAGGGACAGAACUUGACGUGUGAUUUCGUACCGCUGAGCAUGAUCGAGUUCGACGCGAUCCUUGGGAUGGAUUGGCUAGAGAAACAUCAUGCUAGGGUUGAUUGUUAUACGAAGGUUCUUGAACUCGAAAGCGGUGAAGGUUUGACCUUACGUUUCGAGGGAGAUAGAGGUAAAUUCAACAGUUGUAUCAUAUCCGCCGUGAGAGCGAGGAAUAUGAUGAGAAAGGGAUGCCACGCAUAUCUAGCUUACGUGGUGGAUAAAACCAAGGAAGAGGUAGACAUCAAUGAUGUGAGAAUAGUGUGCAAGUAUCCGGAUGUCUUCCCAAAAGACUUGCCGGGGAUUCCACCCGAUAGGGAGAUUGAGUUCGUGAUUGAGGUUGAACCCGACACCAAACCAAUCUCUAUACCGCCAUACAGAAUGGCACCCGCUGAACUUAACGAGUUUAAAACCCAAUUGCAAGAGCUAUUGGAUAACGGUUUCAUAAGGCCGAGUCACUCUCCGUGGGGGGCACCGGUCCUUUUCGUGAAAAAGAAAGAUGGAACGCUUCGAAUGUGCAUCAACUAUCGUCAACUGAACAAGGUCACAAUCAAGAAUAGGUAUCCCUUGCCUAGGAUUGAUGACUUGUUUGAUCAGCUCCGAGGAGCGACGGUGUUUUCGAAGAUUGACUUGAGGUCGGGGUACCACCAACUGAAGAUAAAGGAGGAUGACAUACCGAAGAGUGCAUUCCGCACAAGGUAUGGUAAUUUUGAGUUCCUAGUUAUGUCGUUCGGGCUAACCAACGCCCCGGCGGCAUUUAUGGACUUGAUGAACCGGGUAUUUCAUAAAUACUUGGACCGGUUUGUGAUUGUGUUCAUAGAUGAUAUCUUGAUUUACUCGAAGAGUGAAGAAGAGCAUGAGGAGCACUUGAUACUUGUUCUUGAGACACUACGGGAGAAGCAACUCUAUGCCAAGUUUUCCAAAUGUGAAUUUUGGCUAAGGGAAAUUGGCUUUCUCGAGCAUGUGGUUUCAGGAUCAAGGAUUGCCGUAGAUAACAAGAAGAUUGAGGCCAUUACUGAAUGGGAGAGGCCAAAGAACGUUAAGGAAAUUCGUAGCUUCCUUGGAUUGGCAGGGUACUACCGAAAAUUUGUGGAGAAGUUCUCAGUUUUGGCAUCGCCAUUGACAAUGCUCACUAGAAAGGGGGCCAAGUUUGUAUGGGAUGACCGAUGUGAGAAGGGAUUCCUUGAGCUGAAGAAGAGAUUGACCGAGGCACCGGUACUCGCACUACCCAAACAGGGUGUGGGGUAUGAUGUCUACAGCGACGCAAACAUCCAAGGGAUUGGAUGUGUCUUGAUGCAGAAUGGGAGGGUGAUUGUCUAUGCUUCACGACAGUUGAAGAAGCAUGAGGUAAAUUAUCCCACUCAUGACUUAGAGCUUGGGGCGGUGGUGUUCGCAUUGAAGAUUUGGAGACAUUAUCUCUACGGGGAAACAUGUCAUAUAUACACCGACCACAAAAGCAUGAAGUACAUGUUUACUCAGAAAGAGUUAAACAUGAGACAGAGACGGUGGAUGGAGUUGAUAAAAGACUACCAUCUAGUUAUCGAGUACCACCCCGGUAAAGCCAACGUGGUAGCGGAUGCCUUGAGCCGAAAGAACUCAUCUGGGGCAUUAUUGACUAGCUUGAGGGCAUUGAGAGCCCAAUUGGAGGUAUCUAGCGAUGGUGCCUUAUUAGCUAGAUUUGAGGUGAGACCUACAUUACUUGAUGAAAUCAAGAAGGGUCAAGAAACCGAUGAAGAACUUAUGAAGAUCCGUGAACGCAUGCUAGCGGGACCGGUUGAGGAUUUCAGGGAAAGAGACGAUGGUCUCUUAUUAUUUCGUGACCGAGUGUGUGUACCGUUGGAUGAUGAGCUCCGAAAGUCCAUCUUAGAGGAGGCUCAUUCAUCGGCGUAUGCCAUGCAUCCGGGAGGCACGAAAAUGUACCGUGAUUUGAAAGUAAGUUACUGGUGGUCGGGUAUGAAGAGGGAAAUAGCCGAGCACAUCAGUAGGUGUCUUACUUGUCAGCAAGUUAAGGCAGAACAUCAGCAUCCGGCUGGGUUACUACAACCACUUUCCAUUCCUGAAUGGAAGUGGGAGCACGUGACUAUGGAUUUCGUGGUGGGGCUGCCACGGACGGUUAAGAACUAUGAUGCCGUAUGGGUUGUGGUCGUUAGGCUCACGAAGAGUGCACACUUUCUACCUAUCAACACUACCUAUGCACUGGAGAGGUUAGCCAAGUUGUAUGUGGACGAGAUCGUGAGACUACAUGGGGUUCCUAUAACUAUGGUAUCUGAUAGAGAUCCGCGAUUCAAAUCAAGAUUUUGACCGAAGUUCCAAGAAUCUAUGGGGACCAAACUGAAAUUCAGUACAGCUUUUCAUCCACAAACGGAUGGGAAAUCCGAGCGGGUUAUACAGAUAUUAGAGGAUAUGUUGAGGGCUUGUGCAUUGGAGUUCCAAGGGAGUUGGGACAACCAUUUGGCACUUGUGGAGUUUGCCUAUAACAACAGUUAUCAGGCGAGCAUAGGCAUGCCUCCAUACGAGGCAUUGUAUGGGAGGAGAUGUCGUACACCUUUGUGUUGGGAUGAGGUUGACAUGGCCAAACUCGAGAGCAUGGAACUGGUGGAAAUCACCAAGUCAAAGGUGAAGAUGAUUCGUGACAGACUUAAGGCGGCACAUGAUAGACAGAAGAGCUAUGCCGAUAAGCGCCGAAGAGCCUUAGAGUUUAAAGUUGGAGAUGAGGUAUUUCUGAAGGUUUCACCUUGGAAAGGAAUCAUCCGAUUUCAGAGCUGAGGGAAACUUAACCCACGCUACAUAGGGCCAUUCGUGGUUCUUGAGAGGAUUGGGGCCGUGGCAUACUGAUUACAGUUGACUCCAGAAUUGGAGAAGAUACAUAACGUAUUCCACGUGUCCAUGCUUAAGAAGUAUAUGCCGGAUCCAUCUCAUGUAUUAGAAAAACCACCCGUGGAGAUCCGGGAAGACUUGAAUUAUGCCGUGCAACCGGUGAAGAUUCUUGACAGGCAAGUCAAGAAAUUGAGAAGCAAGCAAGUUCCAAUGGUUAAAAUCCUUUGGAAAAGUGACCGAGUUGAAGAGGAAACUUGGGAGACGGAAGCUUCGAUGAAAGAGCAAUACACGUUUUUGUUUGAAUGAGCAUUGUGAAUUUCGGGGACGAAAUUCCCGUUAAGGGGGGGUGAACUUCUAACACCGACCCCGAACAUAUUUACUUUUAGUAAAAUAUGUAAUAAACCUUGAAAGAUGAUUUAUGAAUUUACGUAGUUGUUAAAUUUUAUUAUUUCUUUUACGUGAAUAGUAAAUUGCAUGUGGGGUCCACAGCGGGAACAGGGACCGCCCGAUAAUUCCCGAACCACACAUUAUAUUCAUCUUGGUCUAGAUGACAUCUAUAUGGUGGUGGAUAUUUUAUUCGGGCCAUAAGAAAGGCAUGGAGUUGACCGGUUGGUCAAACAGGGCCCAAGUACCGGUAUUGGUAAUUUAACGGAUAACAACCCGAAAUGAGUUUCGGAGGCUCCUAAAUUAAUGUUGGGGAAUGUACAUCGUUUCUAAAGGCCCAAAAUUGUUGGGAACGCGUGAUAUAUUUUAUCCGGCCCGAUAAAAUAAAAUAUGACUAAAGUAGUCCGAAAAAUACAACUUUCGGGGCCAAUUGUACACACCGGGACAUAAUGGGAUGACCUCCCACAUAAGUGAGGGUCACCCCACGUUUUUAUGUACUGCAAGGGACAAGGAAGUGAGGCUGGGGGCGGACUUUUAAUGAGAGGGUGGCUGGAGACAAAACCACACCCCUCAUUGCAUUAUUUUGGGACAUAUAAUCCCUUUGAUUGAGGAGGAACCCCUUCCCCUUAUCCUCUUGCAAUCAUCCGGCCAACCCAAAGGAAAGGAGAAGCUCCAGCAACUCCCCAUCAAGAUCAAGCUUGGAGGAAGUAAGGGGCAAGCAAAUUCCAGUAGAAAACUAGCUAGGAAGAAGGUAAGAACUCAACUAUCUUCUUUUAACUAGUUUUAUCAUGUAUGAUUUUAAGAAAUCAUAUGGAGGAUUAAACAUGAUGUUCUACACGUUUAAAAGUGUAGAAUAUUGACAUAAAGCGGUGGUAUUUAACUUAGAAGUGUUGGUGAAUCGAUAGGAGUCGAAAUCGCCGGAAACCGCCACAUAUAGGGAGCUGUUCGUAGUUGCAAACUACGAAAGCCGCCCGGCUUUGGCCCAGCAGUCCAGAUUUUCACUUUCAAUCGGCCUAGAACGGGGAUUGAUCGAGGGGCUUAACAAAGGCAACUAUUGUAGCACAUCACGAGGCCACCUCACAGUUUCAGGUAGAACUUGAAGGUUGGUACAAUUGCCCGUUGCUUCGGGAGGAUCAAGGGAAGAAGACGUGGUUCGUGCUUCUUCCGUUCUGUUUUAAAAACAAUUACGUUAAUGCUCAUGGAUACUAUUUUCUGAAUAAUUACUUUGGGGGCUUGUAUGCCUAGUUAUGCCAAGUGUGGCUUGAACAAUUAUAUUAAUGCUUCCGCUGUUUUAAUUGCAUGUUUUACAUUAUGGUUGUUUA